AUUGGCAGCUCUAGCAAUCGCCCACCCCUUCCUGGGAAACAGGGCUAACACAGCACCCUGCCUCCCAGCACAGCUCAGCUCCUGCUGGCUCAGAAGGAGCCCAGAGCUCGGUGCCCCAGUUUUUUCCCAGCCGAAAGGAGCUGGAGCUCAGCGCCCACCCCUGAGAUGCUGCUCACAUUCUGCACAAAAUCCGUUUUCACACACUGCAAUUCUCUCCCUCUGGCACCAAACCUCCUGCGUCCUGGUGGGCACUAAAACCACAGCCCAAAUUCCUCGCUCACACAGGCAGGCUGCAGCUCUGGCUUUGUUCUGCCCGUUGCAAGACAGACAAUUGCCGUUUAAGAGUUGCAUCUCCUGUAGCACUAAUCAGUGAGGCUGAGAGGCGUUUGCUGGAGUUAAUGGAAGCCAUCUGAUGUCCAUGCUAAUUCCCAGGCUUUUUACUCUAGUUACUAAUUGGGCUGGGAGGCUGAGGCAAGUAGAUGAGUUCCUCAGUGGGACUGACCUGCUUGGGCUGGAAAAUGUGGGGGGGAAAAGAAGAAUUUUAAAGCAAGACUGCUUUGGUUGUUAACCUUGGGAACGUUUUUGCCUGGCUCACGGUUAUCUCAGGGUGACUUUCAUCUGGCCUUGACUUCUCUUUUUGUUUCCUUGUGGUGAGCCUGACCCUUCCUGUGCAAUCAUUCAUCUCUCAGUGGCCACAGGGAUAUGUGUUGCAGGAGUACAAACAUCUCAGAAAGGAAAAAUCCACCCAGAAAGUGAGCAGGGAAGGAAGGUGAUGAAUGGAAGAACUGCUUUGAACAAAUCUUUCCUAAAUCAGGGCCUCAACUGCUCCCCUGGGACGGGCCGCAGGGUCUGUGCUGUGACGCCGCAGAGCCGCUCGGCCGCCCACACCGAGUCCCACGUCCAGCCUGUCUACCAGCCCUACCUCACCACCUGCCAGGGCCACCGCCUCUGCAGCACCUACAGGACCAUCUAUAGGGUUGCCUACAGGAAGAUCUACAGGCAGCUGCCCCAGUCCAUGGCUUCAUGCUGUCCUGGCUGGAGCAGAGCUGACAACCAUGCACUGAGCUGCAACAGAGCUCUCUGCUGGAUGCCGUGCCAGAACGGUGGGAGCUGCACCUUCCCUGGCAGAUGUGCCUGCCCACCCGGCUGGACAGGGAGAGCCUGCCAGACAGACGUGGAUGAAUGUGCUGGGCAGAGCCACGCGUGCGACCAGCUCUGCAUCAACACCGCCGGGAGCUACCACUGUGCCUGCCAGGAUGGCUUCAGCCUCGCUGCCGACCACAAAGCGUGCCAGCCCCUGGUGCCAGUGCCUGAGCCAGAAACCUUCAGCCAAGCAGGUGCCCACAGUGAAAUGAAGGAAGAAAUGAAGGACCUGAAGAGCAGAGUGGAAGCACUGGAGCAGAAACUCCAGUUGGUGCUGGCCCCCUUCCAUGACCUCAUGCCAUCUGCACCGGAGGACGUCGGUACAGACCCUAUCAGCCGCCUGUCCCACUCCCUCCAGCAGCUGGACAGAAUAGACUCCCUGAGUGAGCAGAUCUCCUUCCUUGAGGAGCGACUGGAGACAUGUUCCUGCAAGAAUGAACUUUAACCAAGUGCCCGAGGAACUGCAGCAAGCUGAGUGCAUCCACAGCUCUUAUCUCAUUCUCCAGCCCCAGGCUGGGGGCAAAGCCACAUCAUCUACAGGAAGGCACAGGGUGGCAGGAGAAGGCUAGUUUCCCAUCAGCAUCUCCAUUGUUUUCUCUUCCAGCUCACCUUACCAAAGGUCACACAGUUGCCUCCAAACUGGACUCUGAGCCCUCAGCAUCUCACCCCUCUUCUUUGGAGAGGCAGCAAAUAAAUGCCUUCUCCUGUGCCAUCAGUGCUCACCUAGCUGUGCCAGAGACUGGCUGUAUGUGAA